AUGGUCUCAAGUAUUCCUCAUGGUACAACAGCUGAAUUUGCUCAAAGACAAAUUCAUUUAUUACCAUUUAGACAAGCAUUAAAUGAAAUAAAACGAAGAUUAUUCUUUGCAGCUCCCGGUGGUCGUCGUCUUGCCUUAAGUUUAUUAGGGUAUUCAUUGGUAAAUUCAAAUGGAUUUGAUUACAAUCAAAUUGAUCAGACAUUAAAUAAAAUCAAUACGCUAUUAUCGUUAAAAAAGUCACUUUCGGACGGUCAAAUGGAAACGGAUGGUGAUUACAAUGGAUAUACUCUUAAAGAUUAUGAAUUAGGAUGUCUCAUUGGUCACGGAUGUAAUGCAGCCGUGUAUGAAGCAAAAUUAAGACAAAAAACAACGACACAAACAAGACAUUUGACCACCACAGAUAAUAGUCGUUCAACAACAUAUAAUGAUCCACUAACCUCAUAUAUCAAUUAUCCAUCUCAAAGAUUAAAUAGUUUAGAAGAAAGCGAUAUCGAAAUUUUAUCACGAACUUCAUCAAAUUCAUCAGAAUCAUUUGUUAAUGAUCAAUCUAUCGAUGAAAAUGAUGAAAGUUUAAAAGAAGUACGUUAUCGUGUAUCGAGAAAUAUUAUUUCUCAUCGUGAUAGUUUUGGUUCUUCUAUUUUACCAGGUAAAUAUUAUUUUAUACUAGCGGAGGUACCCGAUGUAGAGUGAGUUGCCUUGAACUUUUCCAUCUUUAACAGGAUCUUCCCCGCCGUGCAUAAAUUGAGAUGCUUAGUUAUACCGACUAUAUGAUGUGAGAAUUUAGUUUAUAGCGUGUAAAUCUGCUUUGGUUCUUUCUACCUAUCACCAUUUCUAUCACACACCUCUGCAUUAAUUGUAAAAAAGUAGCAGUAGUAGGCUUACG